UUUGAUCGGGAAGGUCGAUCAAGUGCGAAACGGAUCGAGUCGCUUUUCUCGGCUCAGUUUUGCUCGAAUAAGCGCGGCGCAAGGAUCGCAGUGUGCCUGUGGGUGAUAAGAGGAUGUUUGUGCCUUAAGAGUUGUGAUAUUGUUGUGGAAAAAUCGAAUUGUCAAAUAAAUUCCAAGUGUCAAGAUGAAAUCGUGUGUGUGUUAAGUAAAUAAAUAUAAGUGUUGUGUGUUUUCUUCAUUCUGAUCAUUACUUGAGUGUGUUUUUAUCGAACGUGCCAUGCGAUGCAGUACUCGACUUUGAGCCGUGAACGUAAAGGUUCAGUGACUAGUACAACGCAUAAUGUCGCCAAUUGGUUUUCCUCGUUGAAACGUACGAAAAAAGGCAAAAACCACAAGAGCGAUGCGACGUCGAAAAGCGCCUGGGAUUUGGCCACUUUGGCCACCUACAGGACAACGUUGGCUCCACUGAUGUGUUCGUGUGUGCGUGUGUGUGCCUCGUACGUUGUUUACGGUUUGUUCCCUUGUUGUUGCUCGUGUUCGUCAGGGCACCUCAAAGAUGAAUUGGUGGAGGUCGUCUCCGAGAUGGAGUCGCUCGAUUCGGGCGAAGACGGUAAAAACAGCAACAAGACCAAAAUGAUGUCGAUUGGAAGGAAGAAAUUUAAUAUGGAUCCGAAAAAAGGGAUCGAGUACCUGAUUGAGAAAGGAUUAUUGCAGAAUACGGCCGAAAGUGUGGCGCAGUUUUUGCACAAAGGCGAGGGACUGAAUAAGACAGCGAUCGGUGAUUAUUUGGGAGAGAAAAACGAUUUUAACGAAAAGGUGCUGCAAGCUUUCGUCGAUCUGCACGAUUUUACCGAUCUCAUACUAGUCCAGGCGUUGAGGCAAUUCCUUUGGAGCUUCCGUUUGCCCGGGGAAGCCCAGAAAAUCGACCGAAUGAUGGAAUGUUUCGCGAAGCGCUACUGCGACUGCCAGGGCGAGAACAACAUUUUUGAAAAUUCGGACACUUGUUACGUGUUAUCGUUCGCGAUAAUAAUGCUUAACACGAGUUUGCAUAAUCCGAGUGUGAAAGAUAAGCCCACGAUCGAGCAGUUUAUUAACAUGAACCGGGGGAUUAACCAGGGUCAAGACCUGCCUCGAGAGUUACUUGUGGGUUUGUAUGAGAGUAUUAAGGCCGAACCGUUUAAAAUCCCUGAGGAUGAUGGGAAUGAUUUGAUGCACACGUUCUUCAAUCCGGAUAAGGAGGGGUGGCUGUGGAAGCAAGGGGGGCGGUACAAGAGUUGGAAGAGGCGGUGGUUUAUUUUGAACGAUAAUUGUUUGUAUUACUUCGAGUAUACGACUGACAAGGAACCGCGCGGCAUUAUUCCGUUGGAGAAUAUUUCAGUGAGGGAGUGUACAGAUAGGCAGAAGCAGCACUGUUUCGAGUUGUAUGCGAGUGGGGGCGCUGAUUUCAUCAAGGCUUGUAAGACGGACUCGGAGGGGAAAGUUGUUGAAGGGAAACACACUGUAUACAGGAUGUCGGCGAGCAGUGAAGAAGAGAAGAACGAAUGGAUGCAAAGGUUGAAGCAGAGUAUUAGUCAUAAUCCGUUCUAUGAUAUGUUGGCAAACAGGAAACGGAAAGCUCAACAUCAUAACUAAUUUUUUUAUACAUAAUAAAGGUUUGAUCGGAAGGGUCGUUUGAUUUCUGUGAAAUUGAACGAGAGUGCGAAAUCUCCAAUUCCUAGUCUUGGUUGACAUAUUAUUUAUUUAUUGUACAUAAUGUUUUCGUUGCAACGGAUGUAUAUACAGGUGUAUUUUGUUUUUUUGUAUAGAUUUUGUGUAAAUAAAUUUACAAGUUUCUA